GCCACUUCCAUUUGGCUGUCUGCGCGUGAAGACAUCGACUACUCACAUUUGUUACGUUUUUACAAAUAUCAUCUGAUUUUGAUUCAGCAUUAUGCCAACAAAAAAACCCUCAAAGGACUCUCAGGCUGCAGCCAAGAACGUAGGAGGCUUCUCCGCAUUUCAACUGCUCAUAUUUUUGAUCGCUACUUCAUCAGUGGCAAUGAAUUUUGCCAUGAUCUACGGAAUAAUUCCUUUACAAGGAUGCGAUGGUCCCCCCGGAAAAACCGGAGAACAAGGCCCGGCUGGUCCCCAAGGAAAGCCUGGAGAAGCCGGUGUACCAGGAAAAGUAGGUGUAAAAGGUGCCCAAGGGAAUCCAGGAGAGAAAGGUGAUAAAGGAGACCCAGGGGAACAAGGCUUCAAGGGGAAUAUUGGACCCAAGGGGGACCAAGGACCCCAAGGGGAAAGAGGGAUGCAAGGUGCUCCUGGUCUAAAUGGUGAGAGGGGUCCAACAGGACUUCCAGGCGAGAAAGGAGAGUCAGGAGCCCCAGGUGAAAAGGGACCCCAGGGUGAAAAAGGUCCCAAAGGGGAUGUUGGAGACAAAGGUCCCACAGGUCAGACAGGCCCAAUAGGUCCAGCAGGACCUCAGGGGGAGAGGGGUAACACAGGUGCAGAUGGGCCACAGGGUCCUCAAGGGCCAUCAGGAGAUAGGGGACUUGAUGGAUUAAAUGGAGAACCUGGUGCACAAGGCCCUCCAGGACCUCAAGGUCCCCAAGGGGAACAAGGACCCCAAGGUGAAAGAGGCCCCCAAGGGGAACAAGGUGUGGCAGGUACCCCAGGGGAGUUACCUGUACCACCUGAUCAAACAGGAACACAAUGAUGAAGUGGCAAUUUAUUUAAGAUCAAUGAUGAAAUUUUGAAUACAACUUCAGUACAUGAAUUACAACUGCCUCUUCAGAAUGACCCUUUGCUUCUUUUAAAUAUUGUGGCACACAUUCUACUAAGAAUCUUUGCCACAAUGUUGUCUACCUUGACAAUCUUUGUUUUUCCUUUGUGCUUUUUUUUAUCAUCUUGACCUUUGUUGUUUUGUUCCUUUUUGGGAAAUGUUGUCUCUGUUUCUAUUUCUAUUUUUUGUGUGUUUGUUGCUUGGUAACUGGUAUUUUGAUGCAAUUCUCAAUAGCAAGUUUGCUCUUGUAGUGUAAUAUAUAUCAUUAAUUUUGUUAGAAUGAAUUUGAAAUUGUUUUACUUCAAGACUACUUUAAGCCUAGCAUAGAGUCAAAAAACUUGUAAAUGGUUUUGCGAAACAUUCCCUGCAGAAUAUACUGCAAAAUUGGAGGCAGUCUUGAGGCAAGAAUUUUUUUAAAAUUUUUAGAAUUGCAGGAAAGUAACAUAUUGAUGCUUUUAUUUUAGUGCAGUUUAAAUAAUAGAGUGCUUUCAUCAAUUGAUUUUAUCAAAGAGAUAAUGGUGGAAAGAAGUCCUGGAUAUGGAUAUUUCUAUUUUUGCUGGACUUUACUAAAAUAAAUUUAAAAGUAUUUUGCCAUUUUCUAUCGAUUACAGCAACCCUUUACAUCCCUGACAUCAGUUUAUUCAUCAUACUCCUCUCUAUGCAUACUCCUCUCUAUACUUGGGUACUGACAAUGAGAAUUUGUUUAACAAUCGAUUGAGAGGUUGGUGAUAAUUUUCUUUAUUCUCCUGAUCCUAAUGUAAGGUUAAGCUGUAUUGCUGUAAGGAGAACUUGGAUGCUGGUCACUCCAAGGGUUUUAAAGGUUAAACUUAUCUACUCCUUCAUUAUCAUUCCUAUAGACUAGUUGGACUCCAUUUUAUAUGAAGUUUUCAAAUGUUUUGCCAGAGAAACCUUUUAGCUAGAAUUACAGGUACUUAAUUCUAUUUAAUUGAAAUAAACGUGUAAACGUUUCAA